UUCUGGCAGGGAUGAGUCCAGGUGAAGGAGAGAGAGAGACCAGAGCAACGCUUGAUUGGGGCUUUUAUGCUCAGGGCGCACCAGCAUCAGGUGCUCUGCAUCACGCAUCUUCUCCCUUGAUACCUUCAAGGACACAGGGAAAGAAUAAAUGGCAAAUCCACACUGGCAUCUCAGUAGUGAGGCUGUCACACUAUACCACCCCCCCGGAGAUAUGACGCGUUGAUGGCGCGUGACCCAGCCUCCUUUUAACAGAACUUCAUGGUGACUUCUGCUUUCGUUUUCUCAAAAGCCAGCAGAAGGCAGGAAGGAAGGAUGUGAACGCACUGCUGAAGGGUGGCGAGCUAAAAAAGAACCGUCGUUUCUUACUGACUAUUAAGAUUGAUAUCCUCCCCGUGGUGUAUUGAUCCGUGGACAUGAUGGGGAAACUGACCGGGUUGUGUGUGUUGUUGUUGGUGCUGAACGUCGCUGUAACCGAGGAUACUGUAACUACGGUGUACUUCGCGGAUGGUGGAGAUCUAACGUUAGAAGUGAGGCCUCCUCUUCCGGAUCACAUCAACAUCAUCUCUUGGAUAUUCAACGGUUAUCUGCUGGCUGAGUGGGUGGAAGAUGAGAGUUAUUACCUCAGAAUUAAAGGACGAGCAAACCUCACCACAGAGACUGGACAGCUGAUCAUCAACAAGAUGAGCAAAGAGGACGAGGGCGUGUAUUCAGUGGAGAUCAACGACAGAGUCCAGAGUGAGAGAUAUCAAGCUAAAUUGAUCAAGAAGGUCCAGAAGCCCAAAGUACUGGAUAGAACAUUGAAUUGUAUAGCUAUAGAUCAUAGUUGUAAGUUCUCCUGUGACUCAAACACCACCGAGGCUGAACCCAUCACCUACAGCUGGAAGAAGGGAGAUGGAGAGUGGAAGGUGUCUGGGAAGGACAUCACCAUCACCAGAGAGCAUGACUCAGGUGGGAAGACCUUCACCUGCAGGAUGGAGAACCCAGUCAGCCGGGAAGAAAGUGACCCGCUCUACAAAAAGCUUUUUACAUACAACACUGCUGUUGCCAUCAGUGUUCUGAUUGCGGCUGGCGCUGUGGCUCUGGCUCUGGUUGUGGUUGUGGUUCUGUCUGUGGUUCUGGUUGGUUUGAUUGAGGCAUGUGAAAAGAAGAUAUUCCUCUUCAAGAAUCGAAGAACCAACAUCACUGAUCCUGCACAUGGAAAUGGACAGCCAACUUCUCAUCCUAGUGACAGUUCACCUAAUCCAGCUGAGAUCGUACCACUUCAGGCUAACCCACAAGACACAAAGUCAGACGCCAAAGAAACUGCAUGA